AUGUUCUCCGUCGUGGUCCCAGGCCGGCCGUGUCUAACAGACAUCAUCGCAAUAGACGGCCAACCAAACGGCCAAGCAACCAAAUUCGCCUUCACGAUCCCCCUCGCUCCAUCUCUCAGCGAUAUAGUCGUCUUCUUCCUACCAGGAACAACCCUCCCACCAAACACCGCCGCCGCAAUCUACGCCCAACUCCCAGACCCCCAAACCGGCGCAACAGGUGGCUUCCGCUUCAUCGGCGCACUAGCAAAUGAGAAACCCUCAGGAAUCUUCACCAUACGUCCACCGAGUACAACGCGCUGCUCAGAAGCCGAGGAAGAAGAUGAGAUGCUCGACGAGGCCGGCGCUGCAGGCGUCAUGACAUUGGGCAUUUCGAUCGAAGAAGCGCAGAAUAUCGCGCCGCAGCUGGCUGCGCUGGAAGCGGAGCGUCCUUCGGGUCAGACGUCUACGGCGCUGGUCCCGCAGGCUGCGGGACAAAGACAAAUCUCGACGAAGGUGCUGGCGCAGCGCAUCAUUGGGAAUGCGUUUAAUUUCCUCGCUAGCUUUGCGGAGAAUGAUAAGGGGCAGGAUGUGGUGCCGCUUAAGAGCUUCCAUAAUUGGUGGGCUAAGUUUGAGCGUCGCAUUGAGGCUGAUCCUACGUUUUUGGAGCGCGAGGAUCCUACUGCUAAUGUAUGA